CAUAAAUUAUUUUACUUUUUAACACCAGCUAGCCAUGAACAGUUGGUUAGCCCGCUUCAUCAAUUUGGCGCGUUGCUGUAGUUAAGCAAAAUGGGUUCGAGAGGCAGAAGUCCAGACGACGGUAACUGCCUAGUCGGAAAAGUGCUGAUAGAAGAUCUGCCGAAACGAGCUAUUUCUCACAAUGAUAUACGUGACUGGUUAAAGAAGUAUGGAAAUAUUUCUGAAAUCAUAAUAUAUUCACGCUGCCUACUCGUCCAGUUUGACUCGGAUAUCGAGGCAGCUGGCGCUGUACAGUGUGAAAAUGGUGCUUUGCUUUUUGGCACCAAAGUCUCUUUAAAACAUAUGGAAGCCAAUGACCUAAAGGCGUUACGUCGAGCAGGCCCACCAAUUGAUCGAUUUUCUACUAACUCUCAGCGACAUUCUGACUCCGCUUCCGAACGUGAUCGUGACCGAGAUAGGAGUCGUGGCUAUUCGCGCCGGGAUCGCUUUCGUGAUAGGAGUAAGUCUGCGGACAACAAGCGUCCACGUGAUUUCUCGCCUCGUCGACGUUCGAAGUCACCAGUUUUAACGCGUAGUGAUCGCCGCACGGUUCAUCCCCUUAAUUGGUUAUCAGAGGUCGCUGAACGAGACAAAAAGCUUAAUGGAUCUAGUCUUCUUGGUCCUGCAACUAAACCGACCGAAAAACCUCUUGUCAAAUUGCCUCCUUAUGCAGUCGCGAUAAUAACCGUUCAGCAUGAUCUCGUUCCCUAUGCAGAGAUUAUAGAACAGCGUAUCACUAAGGCCUUAAACGCGCCGGGAAGUCCACCAAUUACACACAUUGUGGUUCUGCUAUCUGCAGAUCAUCUUAGUCCAUGUCUGGCGGAUCUCACUAAAGAUGGUGUUCCGUUCGCAGUUAUUUGCACUAUGACUAAUUGGGCGCAUAAUUCAUGCACACUGCGCAUUCUAUACGCACCAACUCAACAGGAACACCGUAAUAUGCCUUUGGAUGAUGCAAUGACUUUACUUCAACGAGAGUAUACUGCAUAUACAACAAAUAGCAAGGAUGUAGUAAACGCCGAUCCGCCAGAAGAUGCUACUUUCUUGCCACCUAGCCGCCACUUGACUUCUCUCCUCCGUAUGUUGGCCGAUUCUCGUGUUCUUAGUAUUGGGGAGUUGGAUGAAAUCUCUGCCUUCGUUCAAGAACGGAAGCGUCGUUUAGAAGGCCAUCGAACUGCUGGUGGUGCUGCCGGUGUGGGUGGUGAGAACACAGCUGAGCUCAAGUCAAGAAUUCUAAGCAUGCUUUACCCUCAGCCUACUAACUCUACUGUACCUGCAAGCACUACUUCUAACGAACCAGGUAAUAUUUCUCAUCAAACUCCAGCCAUGACAGCCACGAGCAUCGGUAACAAAUUAGCUGAAAACUUGACUAAUCCUAUUGUACAAAAAGCUAUAGAUACGUUAAUGUCUUACCCUCCAAAUUCUGUGUCCCAAGCUCAAAAUCAGAGAACGUCUGGUGCAUUGGACACACAAGAUGUACAACUAAAGAACUCUUUUAGAAACAAUUUAAAACCCCAGCCUUCAUCAACCACCGCUCCAUACUCAACAGGCGGUAUGAAGCAAAAUCCCAACUGGGGAUAUGAAGAUGGUUCCGGUUUUCGCUCUAAUCGGCCAUCUGUACCAAAUGACUAUGAUCAAAACUUGCUGUAUGGACAACACGGAAGACCGAGCACACAUAUGCAGCGUGAACAUCUCGGAGAAGAAUCGAGAAAAGGAGCCGGAUUCAUUGAACCUGGAGGGCCAAGGGGCGUAUAUAACUCGGAAUUCGAAACGUCAGAGCAAAUGGCUGAGUCUGGUGGUGGUGAGUAUAUGGAAGAGGCUUACCCCGGGUGGCCCAGACGAAAACGAAAGAAACGAGGUGGUAAAGUUACCUCAAAUGAUUCAUAUCAGUACCUUGACCCGAAAAGCUACACACGUCAAAAUGCUGACCAGCCAUCUCAGCAACCUCUUGAUCUUAUGUCCACUGAGGUUUACCCAGUCGGUAGUGUGGCUGAAGCGUAUAAAUAUCCACAAACUCUGCCACCUAUGUUCAACUCUGGGAUGCGUGGUAGAUCUCAAAGAAUGACCGGUGGGAGUUCAUCCUAUAACAAUUACAAUUAUCAAGCAUUUGGGUCUCAUCAACCAAAUAAUAUGAACCUACACCCUCAACCUUAUGGUUAUCCCAACCCUUCUACAUUCUAUUAGCAUUUUCAAAAUAAUGGUUUUCGUAAGAUUGGUUCGGAUUCUGUCAUUCAUGUUCAAAAAUGUAUUUUACUCCUGUUUGUUGUAUUUCAUUGUUAGAGCGAAAUGCUCUGUUCACAUCAGUUCUUUUGAGAAGAAGAAGAGGAAGAACAUGGACGAAAUACAUAAUUUACUAUGAAUAAGAAUAAAUUUUGUUCAUAAAUUUUUUUGUAUUGUGCCUGAUCAUCUCAUACUGUUGACUAAAUUUCAUCAUUUUCAUCUUCAACAAAAAUUAUUCACAUCAAACUUGUUUUUUUGUUGAUAAACUACCCAGUUAUCGUGUCAUGAAAGAAAAGUAUUCAUUUUUUACUGUUCAGUAUGUCUUGAUUGAUGUUAGGUUUUGUAUUCAACCGCUUUAGUGAUACUGUUUUACCUAUCUCAAACAUUCUGCCGUUGUUUAUCAAUAAAGCGAACGGUUGAUUUCAAGAAAGUAGCCAUGAACUAAAUUAUUAUUAUCACCUUAGAAUCCAUAUGUAAUGCAUAUGUCAUAUGUAAAGCUAUUCCUCAUGAAUAGCGUUGUCUUGCUUACCCGUGUACUGACUUAUAUUUAUUGUGGGUUCAAAACGUGUAAAUGAGCCUUCUAGUUGUGUCGACUAAUCACACACUAUAUGAACGAAGUUUCAUGACAUAGUGAUAUCACAGUAUAAUGCUUAUUUAGUAUGACAAGUACACUCCGGUUUCAUUGAGAAAUCGAUGAAGUGUGUUGGAUGAUAAGCGAACAACUUAGCUUAUACGAGUCAGUACUGAAUUCCUGUAUAAUUGUAGGUGAAAGUAAGUUUUGGUAUAUUUUGAUUCUUCGGAAUGUUGCAUUCUUUCCCAAUGUAUGUAUGUUGAUCAGUAUUGAGUUGAACUACUCGACAUAUAGAGUGAAAUUGGUUAUAAGUAUGUUAGUAGAUUGAUAAUACUAUUCCGAUUGGGCUUUAUCUUCACCAUCUUUCCAUGUAUGUUAGGAUUCGGAACAUUGAAAUCCUGUGUUGCAGUUGAAUCGAGAUUUUUGACUUUAAUUCGUUUGCUUCCUUAUUUAAAGCCUUCCCCCAGUUUAGGAAUCCAAUGUAUAUGAUUUCCUAUUUGGUAAGUUAUAGGAAUUCACUGUCAUCACGUUUGUGAUGGAUUUAAAGCUCACUGCAUGCUCUUCGUAUCUAAAUUUCACGACAGUAUACAGUUUAUUUGUUGAAGAUCAGCUACAGUUUAUGGUACUAGUUGCUCACUCUGUAGAGUAUAGGUUCUCACUUCUGAAUGCUGUUUUACUGAUUGUAAAUAGAACUUAAAUCCACUUUCAGAAUUAUUUUAUUUGUGUGAUACUUAUUUCACUCCUAACUUAUAGCCUCAUUUCCAAGUCAGCUAUGUAUUCGAGAUAGUCAUCGUUAAUGAGCGGCUCACGAACAUAUAUCAUUACCCAUUCUUUGGUCUUGUUGAGAGACCAUCUUUUCAAAGAUCUGGGUAGCCCAGUUAACGCAUAGUUAAAUUAACUGUGUUUACUAUAUUUUAAUCCUUUGUUCUGUUUUGUAAAGGAGUAAUCUUCUUUUAACUUCCCUCUACCAAUGAUGAAUACUAAUACAAACUUCUUAUGUGUAAAACCUGGAAGAUGAUUAGAAUUCAAUAUUCUACAUCAAUAAAUUCUUUGUUACAUU